UCUUUGGUUGAGCUCUUGCUGCUUCAGCUGUCACCACUGAGGUAUAAUAAGAACGGCUGUCACUGUGCUCAACCCCCUUUCUUUCUCUUCUCAUGCUGAGGGAACAUGGGGUUGAUCACCGGAGUUAUUGCUUUCUUUUACCACUUACCUCAAAUAUACAAAUGGCUAUUCAAGCCUUAUUACAUCUUGUCUAUAUUGAUGUGUUCCGCAUUCCUCAUACUUCGCAAGUGUCCGGGACUUUGCGAAAACCUCAACACAGAACGGGAGGACGGGAACCCAUGCGACUUUGACUGGAGAGAAGUGGAGAUUCUUAUGUUUCUCAGUGCGAUUGUCAUGAUGAAGAACAGAAGAGCCAUCACAUUAGAGCAGCAUGCAGGGAACCUGUUUAUGUUCAGUAAGGUGGCCAACGUCAUCCUCUUCUUCAGGCUGGACAUCAGACUAGGCAUCUUCUACUUCGCUCUGUGUAUUGCAUUCGUCAUGACCUGUAAACCGCCACUCUACAUGGGCCCAGAGUACAUCAAGUACUUCAGUGAAAAGACCAUAGAUGAGGAGCUGAAUCAUGAUACUCGCGUGACGUGGAUCGUUGAGUUCUAUGCUAACUGGUCUCCCGAGUGCCAGUCCUUCGCCCCCGUCUUUGCCGACCUUUCCCUCAAGUAUAACUGUGCAGGACUGCGGUUUGGGAAGAUAGACGCUGGCCGGUACGGAGAGGUGGCUCAGAGGUACAAGGUUAGCACCUCCCCUCUGGCCAAGCAGCUCCCCACAUUGGUGCUUUUCCAGUCAGGGCGGGAGGUCAUGAGACGUCCAAUGGUGGACAAUAAGUGUCGAGCAGUGUCCUGGACUUUCAGCGAGGAGAACAUCAUCCGCGAGUUCAACCUGAACGAGCUCUUUGAGGCAUCAAAGAAGAUAAAGGGUCGUGGCGAGAACAGCCCCUUACCACCAGAGGGCAGCGAAGAGCCUCAACCUGAACCUGACACCCCAGCAGAGAGCAAGAAAGACCAGUAGUGACGAAGGGAGAACAGGGACUAGAUUCCUCUACCAGUCGUGCACACAGUUCACCGCUAGUCAUAUAAUCUGCCUUUGUCUGUUAUAUCGCUGUUGUAUUAUCAGACUACUAGUAUAAAUUAAUUCAAGACUUUGGGCAGAAUGAGCCAUCUAAAACGGAAACAUCUAACCGUCCUAAUUAUUGAUGCCUUAAGGUCCAAUGCAGCAGUUCAAUAGAUUAAGAUUAUUCUGCGUAACAAUUAAGUACCUAAAUCGUGAUCUAUUUCAAACAAAAUGGUUUAAAAAAUAAAAAUAGCAAAAUUCUUGCUUGAGAAAUUAAGACUUUCUGGGAGUGGUUUGAGUGGGGAAGGGAAAACUAGUUAUUGGUAGAGGUUUGGAACUAAUUUACCACAUGGUGAUGUCACCAUGGAAGGCCAAAACUCCCUGAAAUUACAGUAAUUCUUUUCAAACAGCUCCUACACUAAAAGGGCAUUAACAUUAUUUUCACAAUAUUAUUCCAACCUCAGUGUGGAAAUAUAUAUAAAACACAGGAAAAUCUAGUUGGAUUGCACUGGGCCUUUAAAUGAUUUAAAUGAAAAUGCCUUACACUACCAUCUCACUCAUUCAUCCAUAUUAGUUAUUCUGUGACUUUCAGUUCACUUGUUUUUUCAUGUCCUGCUGCUUUUUGGGUCAUAUUUUUCAAGACCAAAGAAUGAAUUCAAACUGACAGUUUGUAGGCUAUAAUCUGUUCUGCCAAAAGUGAAAUAAAACUGUUCAAUGCUCUGAGA